CCAAGUUUCACCAUGGCCCAUAGAAGAUUGGAAACUUGAAAUCUACCGUGGAAGUAGCAAUUUUUUUUCAUCCUCGCACCGAAAUUCAUCUGACUCGUGUCCUAGCUCAGGCAACAAUGGCAGCCGAAUCACCUACUUCUGUUCGGAAAGUUGUUGUUCAUUUGAGAGCAACUGGGGAUGCCCCAAUACUAAAGCAAGCCAAAUUCAAGAUACCAGGAACUGACAAAUUUGCUAAAGUAAUUGAUUUUUUACGCCGGCAACUGCACCGGGAUACACUGUUUGUAUAUGUCAACAGUGCCUUCUCACCAAACCCAGAUGAAUUAGUGAUUGACCUGUAUAAUAAUUUUGGUUUUGAUGGUAAACUGGUGGUUAAUUAUGCCUGUUCCAUGGCAUGGGGCUAACUCUCUGUGAUGGAUUUGCUGAGAUAAAACUGUUCAUUCUGUAAUAUCACCUGUUCAUUUGUUUCCUUCAACAGCUUUUAAAAAAAAAAAAAAGAAUUGUUUCCUUCAAUUCUCCAUUUUGCAGUCCUCAUAGAACCCUCCUCUUUAAUUUUGCUUGUUUCCUCUUUUUCUUUAUCUCUGAAAUAAUGGUGUUUCUGUAGCAGAUACUAACUUCUUACUUCCACACAAACAAGGGAAUAUUAUUGGUGGUAUUCUGAACAUUCUGAUCAAGGAGACAUUGAUUGAAGCAGCAGUUAAUGUGCAUCAGUCACUUUGUUUUUUCUUCUUUUCUUUAUUUUUUAUUUCAUUAACAUAGCUAUACGGUUUGGCGUUAUGCAUCCUGUAUAUUCCACCUUGUUUAUAAUUCAAAUCGAGAAAACUUCUCUUGGUUCA